AUGCGAGGGUGCACGGCCUACAACAUCCACGUGAACGGCGUGUUGCACUGCCGCGUGCGCUACAGCCAGCUCCUGGGGCUGCACGAGCAGUUAAGGAAAGAGUAUGGCGCUAACGUGGUCCCGGCCUUUCCCCCGAAGAAGAUCUUCACGCUCACCCCGGCAGAGGUAGAGCAACGACGGGAACAGCUGGAGAAAUACAUGCAGGCGGUGCGGCAGGACCCGACGCUGGGAGGCAGUGAGACCUUCAACAGCUUUCUGCGCAAGGCCCAGCAGGAAACACAGCAGAUACCCACAGAGGAGGUGGUGCUGGAAGUGCUGCUCUCCAACGGCCAGAAGGUCAAGGUCACCAUCCUUACCUCGGACCAGACGGAGGAUGUCCUUGAGGCUGUGGCCUCCAAGCUGGAUCUGCCGGAUGACCUGGUCGGCUACUUCAGCCUCUUCCUGGUGAGAGAGACCAAGGACGGAGCUUUCUCCUUCGUGCGGAAGCUGCAGGAGUUUGAGCUGCCGUACGUGUCCGUCACCAGCCUGCACAACUCCGAGUUCAGGAUCAUCCUGCGCAAGAGCUACUGGGACUCCUCCUAUGAUGACGAUGUAAUGGAGCAUCGUGUGGGGUUGAACUUGCUGUACGCGCAGACGGUGUCAGACAUUGAGCAUGGAUGGAUCCUUGUUAACAAAGAACAGCACCGGCAGCUGAAGUCCCUGCAGGAAAAAGUCUCCAAGAAGGAGUUCAUCCGCCUGGCGCAGACCCUGAAGUACUACGGCUAUCUCAAGUUCGACCCCUGUGUCACUGACUUCCCUGAGAAGGGAUGCCACGUCGUCGUCAGUGCUGGCAACAACGAGCUCAACUUCCAGGUGCGGCUGCCGAGCGACCAGAUCAAGGAAGGCAGCUUCAAGGUCACGCGCAUGCGGUGCUGGCGGGUCACGUCCUCGGUGCCGAUGAGCAAUGGUCCCUCGGGGAGCAGCCCGGGGAAGUCCGAGGUGAAGCUGGAGUUGGCUUUUGAGUAUCUCAUGAGCAAGGACCGGCUGCAGUGGGUCACCAUCACCAGUCCACAGGCCAUCAUGCUGAGCAUCUGCCUGCAGUCCAUGGUGGACGAGCUGAUGGUGAAAAAGUCUGGAGGUAGCAUCCGCAAGAUGCUUCGCCGGCGGCGCCGGCGGGUGAAUGGGGCCCUGCGGCGCUCGGACAGCCAGCAAGCUGUGAAAUCGCCCCCACUGCUGGACUCGCCUGACGCCUCCCGGGAGCCGAUGGCCAAACUCUCGAGCAAGCUCACCUCUGUCAGCCUUCGAGGGAUCAGCCACUCCAGCUCUGCUAACGAUGUGGGCGCUAACGACUUCCAUGGCAAUUACGCCUUUGAGGGCAUUGGUGAUGAAGAUCUGUAGUGCCCCCCCUUCCUAGGACAGCACCAGCCCGAGGGCCUUCGCUGAGGAAUGUACGACCUGCAGACAGGUUGCAAUCAACGUGCCUCUCACCUGCUACAUCCACCUUCCCCUGCUCCCCCGGGCUGGGGAGAUCACCCCCAGCCCACCGUUGCCUUCGGGGUGGGGGCAGCUGAACUCCUCCUGCUGCUGGCUCCAGCUGG